AUGAUAGUCACAAAGGUUUCAAGGGAGUCAAAGAAGGCUCGUCUUUGUGUCGACAACUUAGUAGGGAUUGACAACCACGUAAAAGCAGUCAUGAGAAUGCUAAGUAUCGAGGCGCCAGAUGUGAGUCAACUUGUCGCUAACCUCUUGAGGGGCGACCGCCCGAACUUUGCUAUCACUGAUGAAGGAAUUCAUGUGCUCAAGCGUAGGUUUCGUGAGAUGAAAGUCCUCAUUAUUCUUGACGAUGUUGAUAGUGUUGACCAGCUCAAAGCACUGGCCGCAGAGCUUGACUGGUUCGGUCGAGGGAGUAUAAUCAUCAUAACUACCAGAAACAAGGACGCUUUAAACGUACUUCAGGAGCAUAAGGUCUAUGAAGUAACAGAAAUGGACAAAGAUCAAGCCCUUCAACUCUUAAGCAAGCAGGAACUGAGGAGAUAUGCUCCCACAGCAGGAUUAAGAGCCCUAUCAGAAGAAAUCGUCAAUGGAACUGGAGGUCUUCCUCUAGCUCUUAAAGUUAUUGGUUCUUUUCUUCACGGGAAAAGUGAGGAAACGUGGAAGGCAACAUCGCAGAAGUUGAACAUAGUGCCAAACAAGGAAGUCGAACAGAAGUUGAGGAUUAGCUAUGAUGCAUUAGAGCGUGAACAACAACAGAUGGUUUUGGAUCUUGCAUGCCUUUUGGUCGGGGGAAGAUAG